AUGUCAGCGAGAGACCUGGAAAUUAAAGAAAUGAACAAUGGUGAUACGGCUCUUCACACUGCUGCAAUAGCUGGAAAUAUCCAAGCCGCUCAAGUCAUGGUGGAAAAGAACCCGAACUUUCCCCAAAUACGUAAUAGAAAUGGAUGGAUCCCGCUGUCAAGUGCUGCUUAUUGUUCAUCAUAUAAACAAAAGGAGAUGAUGGAGUAUCUUUUGAGUGUCACUAAACAUAACAAUCGUAGUCCAUUCUACGGUCGUGCUGGUGGUGAACUUAUUUGCACUAUAACUAGAGCAGGCUGCCACGGAAUUGCCAAAAAACUGAUCGAGGAGUAUCCAAAUUUGGCAACAGACAAAGAUAAACAUGGUAUUUGUGCAUUAGAAAUAUAUGGUGGCACAGAUACUGACGUGGACUUGCCUGUAUCUCCUCCCAUCUCUAGAGAAGGCACUGACCUCCCAACAAUCAGAGGAAGAAAAUCCACAAUGAACAAGUUUCUCUCUUUUACCUACUUUACUGAAGUUCCAGGAAGCAAAAAGGUCUACAAAAAAAAGUUGAUGCAUAAGCAAGCCUUAGAUUUGGUUAAAUGCAUUUGUGAACAAAUCUCUGAAGUUAGUUAUUCAGAAAUAUCGGAAAUUCUCACAUCGACUAAAAUUUUGAGCAAGGCUAUAACAAGUGGAACAGUUGAAGUCGUAGCCGAGUGUAUCCAAACAUUCCCCGAUCUAGUUUGGUUUAAAAUGAACAAGCUAAAUUUGUUUGAGAUUGCAAUUGAAGAGCGUCAUGAAAGAAUAUUUAAUCUUGUGUGUGAGAUGGAUGAGGUUAAAAAGACGUUUGUUUAUUUAAGGGACGAAACAUCAGGUAACACUAUUCUACAUUUGGCUGCCAAGUUAGCACCCCCUGCUCAACUGAAUUCAGUAUCUUGUGUUGCCCUUCAAAUGCAACGAGAGCUGCAAUGGUAUAAGGAGGUAGAAAAGAUCUCUUUACCAAUAAACAAAGUAAUAAGGAACAAGGAUGGGAAAAUUCCCCAAGCUUUAUUCAGAGAGCAGCAUAAAGAACUAGUGAGGAAAGGAGGGGAUUGGAUGAAAGGUACAGCUGAAUCAUGUAUGCUAGUAGCCACUCUUAUCGCUACUGUAGUUUCCGCUACUGCUUUCACCGUACCAGGUGGAAAUUAUGAAAGUGGAAGUAACAACAAAGGAAUUCCAAUCUUCUUACAUGAGGCCUCAUUCAUGGUGUUCGCUGUAACAGACAGCUUAGCGCUUUUCUCUUCAAUUACAUCAGUUCGGAUGUUCUUAUCGAUAUUAACUUCACGUUUCAGAGAAGAAUAUUUCCUUGAGUCAUUGCCUAGAAGACUGAUGAUAGGACUUGCAACACUUUUCUUCUCUAUAAUUACUAUCAUGGUUGCCUUCAGUGCGACACUAGCUAUUGCAAUUGGGCCAAAGUUUGGAUGGUUUCCAAUACCUUUAGCUGUAAUGGCUUGCGUGCCUAUCACCCUUUUUGCAUUCUUACAUUUUCAUUUGUUCUCCGAGAUAGCGUGGUCAACAUAUCGCCCUGUGCUCUUUCGUAGACAUAAGAUGCUUUACUAA